UCUAGGCUGUUCCACCCUUUAACCUACUGCCCACUGCAUUUAUGGAGAAUCCAGGACUGGUGGUACGUGGGCAGGCUGCACCCUUUUCCACAGCACUUCGAAGCCUCGUCAACAACCCCCAGUACAGUGAUAUUUGCUUUGUGGUUGGUCAAGAACGGCAAGAGGUAUUUGCCCACCGGUGCUUGUUGGCCUGUAGAUGUGACUUCUUCCGGAGACUUCUGGGCCCUGGGGUACCUAGUCCUGUGGUACUAAGCACUGUGCCGGCCGAAGCCUUCUUAGCCGUGCUGGAGUUCCUGUACACCAAUAGUGUCAAGCUGCACCAACACUCUGUGUUGGAGGUGCUGACAGCAGCUGUGGAAUAUGGGCUGGAGGAACUUCGAGAGCUCUGCCUGGAGUUUGUGGUGAAGGUGCUGGAUGUGGAGCUGGUCUGUGAGGCUCUGCAGGUUGCUGUAACCUUUGGCCUGGGGUCACUACAGGAGCGGUGCAUAGCCUUCAUAGAGGCUCACAGCCAGGAGGCGCUCCGCACCCGUGGCUUUCUGGAGCUGUCCGCCACCGCGCUGCUGCCCGUGCUACGCAGUGACAAGCUCUGCGUGGACGAGACUGAGCUGGUCCAGGCUGCCCGAAGCUGGGCACGCGUGGGCGCCGCCGUGUUGGAGCAACCCGUGGCCGAGGUGGCAGCUCCAGUGGUUCGAGAGCUGAGACUGGCUUUGCUUGCCCCGGCGGAGCUAAGCGCCCUGGAAGAGCAGAACCGACGGGAGCCGCUCAUCCCGGUUGAACAGAUUGUGGAGGCAUGGAAGUGUCACGCCCUACGGAGAGGAGAUGCGGCCCGGGGCGCACCGUGCCGCCGGCGGAGGGGCACCCGACCCCGGGAUCACCAUCGCUUUCUGGACCUUCGUUUCAAAUGAUCCACUUCCGGACCUUUCCAGGAAGUUGACUACAUCCCAAACUACAGCUCCCGAGGUGCUCUGCGCUGGAGGUGGGCUUCCGCUCCCAGCAAGCUCCGACGCCGG